CGGCCGGGCCGGCCGGAGCCGAGCCGAGCCGAGCGGCGAACCCAGCAGCGAGCGGGGCCGGGUGAGCGCAUCUCCGGUACCGGCACCGGUACCAUCACCGCACCGGCGGGCGGGUAUUUAUCCGCGGUUCUUCCCCCCGCUCAGCCGCGGAUCCCCCGGCCGGGGGAGGGUCCCGCCCCCCGCCGCUGCGGCGCGGUGCAUUCGGGAGGUCCCCGAGCCGCCCCCUCCCCUCGCACGGCGGGGCCGGGGCUGCCGCCGCCUGCCGCCCCCCUUCCCGGCUGGGCCAGCCCCCCUUCCCGGUCCCUCCCUCCAAGCCGGUCUGGUACUUCCUUCCAGUGUGGAAAUUGAUCGGUUGAAGUUAUGCAUUUGACCUGCAAGAGCCACGCUACCGGUGCUUCGGGGAUCUUGUGAACUGGAACGGGAAAGGAGCCCGCCGGCAGGUGGAAUGGGGCAGCCAUGAACGGCGAUGCCCUGUGCCAGGAGCCCUCCUCCCCGCUCCCCGACUGGAGGGAGUUCUGCAAGCUGCACGCCCAGGCAGCCGCCGUGGACUUCGCCCAGAAGUUCUGCCAGUUCCUGAAGGAGAACCCCCACUACGACACCCCCGGGGCAGAGACCUCCUUCUCCCACCAUUUCACCGCCAACUUCCUGGACAUCUUCAGCCUGGAGGUCAGCCGGGUGUUCGUGUCUGACUCGCCCACCAAGUACAACAUCGUGCCCUUCGUGGGGCUGCAGAACUGCCACGUGCCCUACGGGCGGGAGGUCACCCCCAGGAAGGAGGAGACGUCCACGGAGUCUCUGGACAGCAUGGACGCCCCGCUGGGCGCCAGCCGGUACCUGACCCCAGCCCAGCAGGUGCAGGCUCACAAGGUCUCCUCCUACGGGCAGUCCCGCAGCUCGGAGGACGUCUCCAUCCACGCUGCUGCCAAGCCCAAGUUCAAGAAAGGCUUCUCCCUGAGGAACAUGAGCCUGUGCGUGGUGGAUGGCAUGAAGGAGAUGUGGCACCGCAAAUCCUCUCCGGAGCCGGGCGCCGAGGCUGCUCUGGGCGGCCGCAGAGCCGAGAGGGAGCCGUGGGCGGCCGGGGGCAAGGAGCCUGGGGACCCUCGGGAGAAAUGGACACACAAGCUGCGCCUGUCCAAGGUGCCCUCGUCCAAGGUGGAGCUGGUGGACAUCCAGAGGGAGGGGACGCUGCGCUACAUGGUGGCCGAUGACACGAACUGUGUGGGGAGCUCGCAGUGGCAGAAGUGCCGCCUCCUGCUCCGCAAGGCGGUGAAGGUGGAAGGAGAGAGGUUCCUCCUGGAGUUUUAUGUCCCUCCAAAGGCUUCCAAACCCAAGGUGAGCAUCCCGCUGUCGGCCAUCAUCGAGGUGCGCACCACCAUGCCCCUGGAGAUGCCUGACAAAGACAACACCUUUGUCCUAAAGGUGGAGAAUGGGGCCGAGUACAUCCUGGAGACCAUCGACUCCCUGCAGAAGCACUCGUGGGUGGCUGAUAUCCAGGAUUGCAUCGACCCUGGGGACAGUGGGGACGACAUUGAGCUGGUGUCCUGUGCACAGGGUCCCUGUCUGCCAGGCAGGACAACCUCAUCCAGCUGCGAGUUCCUGAAUGACGAGGUACCCAGGCCACCAGAGAGAUGUGCCCUGCCCAGCACUCACAAUGCUGCCAUGGCCACCUCUGUCCCCGUGCCCCACGGCCGCGGCAGGGACUCCCUGGGGGAGCUCCUCACCCACGUCCCACUGGAAAGCUUCCUGCAGACGCUGGAAUCCUCCCCCACUGCUGGUGGGCACCUCACAGGGGAGGACAGCGAGGCCGAGGCUGAGAUCAACCUGUCUGACUUCCCCUGGUUCCACGGGACUCUGUCACGGAUCAAGGCAGCCCAGCUGGUGCUGUUCGGGGGCGCCCGCAGCCACGGCUUGUUCGUCAUCCGGCAGAGCGAGACACGGCCGGGGGAGUACGUGCUGACCUUCAACUUCCAGGGCAAAGCCAAGCACCUGCGCCUGUCGCUGAACGAGAGCGGGCAGUGCCACGUGCAGCACCUCUGGUUCCAGACCAUCUUUGACAUGCUGCGCCACUUCCACACACACCCCAUCCCGCUGGAGUCGGGCGGCGCGGCCGACAUCACCCUCCGCAGCUACGUGGUGGCCCAGAGCCCGCAGCCUGACACCGGCCCCCCGCCACCCCUCGUGUCACAGCCCCCGGGCUGCCGGGUCGACCUGCCACCUCCACACUACUUCUGCAGCACAGCACCCUCGGGACCGCCGGUGCCGCCACCCGCUGAGGGGGUGGCCGUGGCCCCCACUGUCCCUGUCCCCGCACCCUACCACCGCCUGGAGGGUGCCCUGGGCCCCCGGAGCCGCAGCGACAGCGCCGAGCGCCGGCCGGAGCCUCCUGCGGCCAGUGCCGAGGACUACCACGAGGCUGACAGCGCCCGGAGCCGCACCCGGGCCGUGGAAAACCAGUACUCCUUCUACUGAGCCCCUCGGGCUGGGGCUGCUGGCUGGGGACAGCGGGCAGCUGUGCCCCUCACCGCUGCACCGGCCUCGCCACCUCCUCCUGCCACCACCAGCGACCCAGCCGGGAGGUCCUCCUCGCUCCCUGCUGCUUUUGGGAGCUGUGUCAGCGGUGGGCAAUGUCCCGGCUGGACCUGGUGCCAGCCCCGGGGUUGGGGCAGUGCUGGAGGUGUGGGAGGCUGAAAGAGUCAGUGCCAUUUGAGAGCUUGUAGCCUCUUCUCCUUCCCUCCGGACCAAGAGCUUUCCCAGGGCUGAGCUGGGCUCCCUGCAUCUCCUCCUGGGUGUGACCAUUGUGGGAUGGUGCCCGAAGCUGUGACAGGCUCCAUCCUCCAGCCAAAGCACCUUGGCAUGUCUCCUCUGGGGCGAGAGCCCAGCAUGGCCAACAUCCUUCUGGCACCAUCGCCCUGCCAACCAGCUGCUGAGGGACUCUGGCGUUUUGGGAUGAGCAUGGAAAUGUGUCAGAUGUCCAUGCAGAAACUCUUCUCACACACAUGGAGCACUGAGGGCGCUGCUGCAGAGGCCUGAGGGUUUAUCUGGUCUGGCUUCUGAGCUCCCUCUGGGGCACAUGUUUCCUACCCUCUGACAGAAGAAGAUUUUUGUCCAAAGCUUAAUGAAUUGCAUUCAAGGAAGGGUUUUCCUGCUGUUCUGCCUUUUCUGUUCCUUUGUUUCCUUUCUCUCCUUGCUGUACUAACAGAAUCCCUGGAUAACCCUUUCAUCCUCCCUUCCUUGAUUUUUCAAAACCUAAGCUCUCCACAAGGGCAUCAGCCUUCUGCCUGCUCUCUGCCACAACUGGGCAACAUUUUCCAUUGCUCAAGGCAAACCUUGGAAAAUAUGACACCACCUCCUCUUUACAUCAGUUUUUGGUCAUUUGGGAUAUCUGGGGCAUCAGGCAGAGGCCAGGAGCUGUGUCCAGAGGUGAGGGAGAGCUUUGUUUUGCAGGUAAAAGCAGGUAUUCCUGCUUGGCUGAUCUCCCAGGAGUAAAAACACUACAUUGAUUCUUUUCCAACAGGUCAUGGGAGCCCUGAGGAUGGUUUUACUGGCCAGGGUUUGUGCCUCAUGUGGGGUGGGAGACCCUCCAGAAGGGCAGCUUUGCUUGCAGACAAAGUGUUUGCACAUCCCCCUUGUUUUGGCUGACACAGCUUGUGUUACCCAGCACCAGCACACCUGCUGCUCAUGUGGCAGUGACAGGAGUGACAGUGCUCACAGGACAUGAGCCAGGUGGCUUUGGAGUGUCUGGACAGGUCUCCAGGUGGAGCAGACCCUACCAGCUGCUAGAAGUUAUCACUUAGUUCAAAGAGGUACAAGCCAAGCCACAACCUCAAAAAAAAACCUUGGAUUUGCCUGGAAUUGGGUUGGGCCAAGUUUUUAUUUAUUAGGUGCCUUCUUUCCUGAGCGAGCAAAGCACAUCCCCAGUGCUUGACACACAAGAGGAGAGGGGAGGUGUCUCCAAGGCUCCUUGCCUCCUCCUGUGAUGUGAGAGCUGCCUUUCUGGCCCAUGGAUGUGUGAGGUGCCUGGUGCAUCCCAUUCCUGCAGCAAAUGCCAUCUUCUCCCCAAACAUACAUCCCUUCAGAGGGCAGCAGGAGCAGUUUGUUCUGUUGAGGGUGUUUCUCCUUCCUCAGCCCAGCUAAAACACAGCUCAGAGGAGCAGGGAGAGGCUGGAUGCCCUUGGUUGAUGGGUUUAACACACAUGGUGGAUGAGGGGAGAUCUCCAGAUCUGACACAGACAUUGUCACUCUGGUUCUUCCCAGCCCCAAGGGUGGGAUCCAGAAGGCUGGAUGGGAGCACUGCCUUACAGACCUUCAGAUUUUGGCUUUGUUUCUCACUUUCUGUGUCACAGGAUAGGAAAAUGAGGGGGAAGCGAUGAUCUGCAAGCAAAAAAUGUUAAUUUGUAAAUAGGGAAGAGUCUGGAAGAGUUUACUGUUGUGUAGAAUAAAUUAAUUUUAUUUAAAAAAAGAAAGGGGGGGGGACUUGUUAAACAAAUGGAGAACUCGAGUUCCGGUUUUAAAAUAAAAUCACUUGCAAAAACAACAGCAUGUGAGCAAGAGCUUUGGGCUUUGCUGGAUUUGCUACCAAAAAAAAAAAAAGAAAAACAG